AUGGUUUACGCCCCCGACGGUGUGAGGACGCACAUGCGCAAUUUCUUCGACAUUCUGGAGGACGAACCCCCCCCGCAGGUUCGGUCAGCCUCAGGCACCAUGUCCUCAAGCUCGGAUCCUAGGACGGAUGCUGAGCACGUGCUGGACGAGCUGUCCGCAGUCGACCGCAGACAGAAUAGGUCCUCUGAGGAUGAUAGCAGCGGUGGGUCGUCGUCGUGGAUUGUCGUCGGAAAGACGGACAACCAACGAGUGGCCGCUGGACCCGUCCCCUUCUCCAUCUCGACCGAAGCCGACGCGAACGACGCAGAGGUCGCCAGGAGAGGAGCUCGCGCUCGGCGGCCUCCCAUCGAGUCGGAAACCUUUGAGCCUCUCGAAGCUGUGAUGGAGGAGUCCAUGGUCCACGCAGAUUCGGAAGCUGUCCCAUUCGCCGGUGUUCCUUCCGCCGUCCCCUCUCACCCUACUCUUCGUGGAGAAGCUGGCUCACCAAGACGCCACAUCUUGACGACCCUGGGUCCGGAUCCCAACAUCCAAGAACAGGUCGAGAGGCACCUGGCAGGUCAGUAUGACUACAUCCUCAGGUAUCCGUUGCAAGCGAUUUCGACACCGGCCCAUGCAUCAUCCCGUGACGGCGGCAAUCCUCAAGUGGCGUCAGAGAGCAAACUCUAUGGCUGCAACUUUGUGGGUCGCCGCCCACAGGGGGAAUCGGCCUCGCGCUACGGAGAUGGAGCCAAGUCCGCUGACCUCUCCUACUUCAUAGCCACGCCUGUGAAGGCCAACACAUAUAUGCUGUUCGGGUUGGACGGACGCAAAGACAAAAUAGAAUUAUUUGAACCUCUUGUCCCCCAGGGCGGCGGCGCCUCCAGGGUGUCUGAAUUUUUGGGCCAGAUCCAGGAGGCCUUGUCUCCAUGCCACUCGCCGACAAGCGACAGAAGCGACAGAAGCGACAACAUCACCGCUGCCUCGUCCCACCCCGUUUCAUCCUGGCCCGCUUCCGUAUCGGUGCCACCCGCAGAUAACUCUCUGGAGGAGCAGGAGGAGCUGGACGAGAAACAGAAAGCCAUCAAGGCCUCCAAGGCCGUCCCGGCGGGCAAGCAAAGCAAGCCUACGCCCAAGACACCGUCGGGCCAAGCAAGCUCGACGGUGCUGAAGAGAAGUUCGCAUCUGGGCCAGGGUCAGUCGGCAACGGUUCGUGUCACACAAGCCGGCAAGAUGAAGCCGGUCAUGCCACGGCCCGCCUCCGUGGAGGUUGGCGACCAGAGACCCGAGCGACGCAUAAACUCUCCUGCGCAGCAGAGGGCGUCAAGUUCGCUGUCUCGUGUCAAGUUGGCGGCCAUUCGCCCGGCGUCGAGGAUGAGCUUGCCUGUGAAAUCGACGAAGCCGCUGACGGUACCGAAUUUCGAGUUGCCGGGAGAGGCUGUUGCCCGCCGUUUACGGGAACAGCGGGACGCGCGGGAGGCAAAGCAAGCGGAGGCCCUGAGAGCUUCGGCUCCGCCACCGAGGCCGAAGAUAAGCAGGCCUCUGGCCAGGCCCACGUUUGAUCUACCCGGGGAAGCGAUUUCUCGCCGGAAGCGGGAGGUGCGAGAGGCCAGGCUCAAGGCGGAGGAGGCGGAAGAGCGAAGGAGGCGGGAGUUCAAGGCGCGACCGAUCCGACACUCGAUGGGGCCCACCACAAUGCCGCGGGAUACGGUGACAAGCCUCGCACGGCAACACAGAGGCUCGGAUGAUUCGGGCAUUUCCAUGGCAGGGUCGAUGAAGGGUAAGCGCAUGUCUCUGCGCAUGCCACUGCCAAACUCGUGCGCUGCAACACACCCGACUCAAGGUCGAGGUUCGGCGACAGCGGUUCCCGACGAUGCGAGUCGCACGGCUACAGCUUCGACAGGCUCGAGCAAGGGCAGCAGCUCGACCUCGGAGGCGGGGCAGCAGAGGCUCAGGGACAGGAAAUUGGCAACACGGGACAGCAUCAACGGCAGGGGCCAGGAGCGAGAGCGACUCGAGAGAGAGGCGGCGGUCAAGGCGUCGCGCGCGCAAGCUGCCGAACGCUCUAGGAUUGCGGGUCGGGAGUGGGCGGAGAAGAUGCGCCGCAAGGCGAUGACCUCGAGUGAGGCCGUCUAG